AUGGUGAAGCUGAGAGAUUCACUAAUAUCCUGGAAGUCAAAGAAACAAGGAACAAUAUCUAGAAGUUCAGCUGAAGCAGAAUAUAGGAGCUUGACAAGUGAUGUAGCUGAAGUUGUUUGGAUAGUGAGGUUAUUCAAAGAACUAGGUGCUGAUGUUCAACUUCCUGUGACUAUUCACUGUGAUAGCAAGUCAGCAAUUCAAAUUGCAGCAAAUCCAGUUCUUCAUGAAAGAACAAAACAUAUUGAAUUGGAUUGCCAUUUCAUAAGGGAGAAAAUACAGCAAGGAUUAGUGGAAACAAAGUAUUUGAAUACUAAGGAGCAAGAAGCUGAUAUAUUAACUAAAGGUCUGGGGAAGUCUCAACAUGAAUACUUAAUGUCCAAGUUUGGUGAACUUUUGCCGUCUCUACGCUGGCUAGAUCUCAGCUUCUCCAGUAGGCUAGUGGGAACACCAGAUUUUACGGGGAUGCCAAAUUUGGAGCGUUUGAAUCUGGAGGAAUGUAGGAGUCUUAAAAAAGUUCACCCUUCUCUGGGAAAUUGCAAAAAACUCAUUAAGUUAAGUUUGUAUCGUUGUGAAAGCCUUGAGAGGUUUCCAUGCAUUAACGUGGAGUCUCUUGAACAUCUGAAUCUAGAGGAAUGCUUUAGAUUGGAGGAAUUUCCAGAAAUCAUUGGAAGAAUGAAGUUGGAGUUAAAGAUUAAGGUGAAAUGCAUUGGGAUAAGAGAAAUACCAUCAUAUAUUAUUCAACACCAAGCACAUCUUACAGAGCUAGAUUUGUCAGACAUGGAAAAACUUGUAGCUCUUCCAAGCAACAUUGGCAUGUUGAAAGGUUUGGUGAAGCUAGAUGUCUCGUUAUGCUCAAAACUUGGAAGCUUGCCAGAAGAGAUAGGUGAUUUAGAGAACUUGGUGAAACUUGAUGCCAGCUAUACUCGAAUUUCACAACCUCCGUCUUCCAUCAUCCGCUUGAACAAUCUUAUAUUCUUGAGGUUACGCUCAUUGAAACUUCUGAAUCUCAAUUUUUGCAAUAUAAUAGAUGGAGGACUUCCGGAAGACAUUGGAUGCUUAUCAUCUUUGAAAGAGCUGCAUCUCAGUGGAAAUGAUUUUGAACAUUUGCCUGGAAGCAUUGCCCAACUUGGUGCUCUUCAAACCUUGUACUUAACAUAUUGCGAAAGGAUUACACAGCUGCCAAAAUUUCCAGAGCACUUAAAUACAAUAUUUGCAGAUUGGAGCAGUGAUUUGAUCUGUAAUUCGUUGUUUCAGAAUAUCUCAUCAUUGCAGCAGCAUGACAUCUCUGCUUCAGAUUCCUUGUCACUAAAAGCGCUUAUGAGUCGGGUGGAGAAUAUCCCAAGUUGGUUCCACCAUCGGGGAUUUGAUAAAAGUGUAUCAGUCAAUUUGCCUGAAAAUUGGUACGUACGUGAUAACUUCUUGGGAUUUGCUGUAUGUUACUCUGACAAAUUAAUUGACAUCACAGUUCACUUGAUUCCUUUAUGUGAUGAUGGGACCUCGGGUAUCACCCAGAAAUUUGCCUUAUCCAACCAUUCAGAAUAUAAUCCUAAGAAUUACUCCUGCUAUUUUUUUUUGGUACCUCUUGCUGGCUUAUGGGAUACAUGUAAGGCAAAUGGGAAAACACCAAAUGACUAUGGGCUUAUUACGUUAUGUUUUUCUGGAGAAAUGAAGAAGUAUGGAUUACGUUUGUUGUAUAAAGAUUAUCCUCAGAAACAUUUGGGGAAUCUCUUGAAUCUCUGGAACUAUCUUUCUGUUCUACCAUCAUCUGUUAAGUACCUAGCUCAUACUACCAAGCAAAAUUUGAGUUCUAUGGAAAACCUUAUAUCACUUCCAAGCAGCAUUGGCUUGUUGAAAAGCUUGGAGGAGCUACAUGUGUUGAAUUUCUAUAAACUUGAAAGCUUGCCAGAAGAGAUAGGAGAUUUAGAAAAUUUGGAGCUGCUUGCUGCUCAAUACAGCAAUUUAAUCCAGGGAGGACUUUCGAAAGACAUUGGAUCCUUAUCGUCUUUGAAAGUGUUGAAUCUCACUGGAAAUAAUUUUGAACAUUUGCCUCAAAGCGUAGCCCAGCUUGGUGCUGUUCAACGCUUGUCCUUAUCAUGUAGCAAGAGGUUCAAAGAGUUUCCAGGGUUCAGGUCCAAGAUGGGUUCACUGACUGUGGACCCUUUCACCGUCCGUGAACACGCAAGUUAUUUUAGUUGGAGCUCUAGGAAACAAGAAACUACAGCUCAAUCAAUAGCAGAAGUUGAGUGCAUAGUUGUUGCAUCUGCUUUAAAAACAAGUUAUAUGGAUAAGGAAGAUGUUGAAGGACUUAGGCAUGUACAAACAGAAGCUACCAAGAUCAUGUCAGUUUAA